AUGUCUGGAACGACCAAAAGCGGCGCUGCAACGAGUGCUCCCAGGUUCUGGGUCACAGUCAAGGCAGAUACCAAGGAUACAUACAUCCUUCUCCACGAGCAUAUGCGCAAAUCUAUUGCUAGCCCCUGUGGAAUACGUCUCAUAGACAUCGGGGAGUGCGAAUACAAGGAUGAAAGGUUCCGUAGCUUGUGCUUCCUCGAGGCGCGCAGAAAGGGUGAAGGCGCGAUCGGGUCCUUCUGCAAGGACGGCUUUGUCCGGUACAUUGCCGGGAAGACAGCCUACACCUCCUUCAUCUCUAACUUCGACGCACUGGCACGACUAGGCUCGGAUUUUCCAUCAAGUCAACAACACCACGAUAAUUCUGCGGAGAACGCUCAAGCCGAGGGGGUGAUUGUGCGCAAAGAGGUUCUACAUUACUUUCGCAAGAACUGGGAGAAUGGGCGAGGGUACCGGGGCGCCCGAUACAUUUGGAUCGACAGGCUCUGUAUUUUACAGAACGAAGAAGACCUCCGCUGGCACGACGUAGAUCUCCAGGUGGAUAUACAUAACCAGGCCGUUCAAUGCGUCGUCUCCCAGGAUGGCCUACCGAACGCCCUACUGAACGCCCGACGAGAAGCCCAGCAUCUCCCGCCGAUCAUCCGUUCGUACUCCUCAUCCUCAUCGCAGCAACGCGCGGACAGGCACUUCCCUUUGCCUCUAUGCUCGCACUCAGGCCGACGUGCCGUGACCUUGCGUGAUGUUUUGCAUCCGUUCCUGUCGAAUGCUUCGGGACACAAACACCAUGCGACCCCGGCUCUUGAUUCCAUCCAGGAGAUUAUAAACUCUAUUGAUCGUGUCACGAACAAGCCAAAGAAGUUCGAGUAUCUCGCGAAGGCUCAAGCAGCCUGGGAGUCUCUGUUUACCAAAACGUAUACCUCCCACAACGAGUUCAUCAAAGCUUGCAGAAAGGAGUUUACGCUCGAGACGCCUAAUGAAGAAAGAGCGACCGACUGGGACCUCGUCAUGCUGUCUUCGCAACUUUCCAAAAUGGUGGAUAUUCCGGUGUUUUGGCUCGGAGUGGUGAUCGACGUACCCCCAGACCCCAUAAUUCCGCUGUUUCCUUCAAUCCGACAUGCUUCGAGUCGUUCAACGGAUUCGGCAAUGGCAAACUCCCUGUUUGUCAGGGACCCCGACCUUCAGACAGAGUUCUACGCGCAAACACCCAGCUGCACGUUGAUACUUCGGAACGCAGCGGUACGCGGACUCAUUCCCAACCCGCGCAGGAGCGAUGCACUGGCAUGUGGUCCCACGUCGCUUCAGCUCCCAUGGGACCCCUUGCACGACUGGGCUAUCGAGGACGUGCACAGUGGGUGCACGAAGACAUGGCUGGUCUACCUCGGCAGUAUGAAUCGUUGUCUAGGCGGGAUAUCGCACAAAGACCCAAUCAUCGAUGUUUUGCCGUUCAGCCCUGGCACUGAGGCAUCAAAAACGGCGCAUUCUUCUUCGAGUCGCGUCGUGUCCUCUGCGCAGGCCGCCACCAAGUUCCUAGCGCCACCUAACGCGUUGAGGUACCAUUUCCUGGUCCUUGAAGAGGACGUCACGGAGAUGGAGCUCCCAGAGUAUGAGGACGAGGGACGUCCUACAAGGGAGCCAAAGAAGGUUUGCCAGUUGAAAGGCUGGCUCGGAAAGGAUGUCGCAGAGUGGUUGAAGCCUACCGGAUGGAGUCGUCGGCACACCUUCAGUAUUGUCGUACGGCCCGAGGUCACUGGGUCGAGUCGUCAGCACACCUCCAAUGAUGUCCCACAGCCUGAAGUCGAUGAUCUGUUCACAUACCACCCGGAGCCUGGAGUCAGCCCUCCUCCCACAUACGAAGAGACACAGGCCCUCGACAGAGCGCUUCAGACGCCGGAGGACUCGUCGGCGCGGCAGGGGUCCGUGCUGGGAGGAGUAGCCCCGCUUCCACUUGCCCAACCUCGUCCUGUAAUAGCCACCCGUCCGGCUUGGGUCUUCAGUGACCGGACAACAUCUGCCUCGGCGGGUAGAACGCCCCCGGGCACGCAGCGGGGUCCCUCUACCGAGCCUGACGAAGAUGACGAAGAAACUGUGGCCGGAACCACACCUUCGAGUCGUGCACCGUCUCCCGCGGAGACGGACAUCACCUUGGUUGGCGACGUCGACGACCACCUACGUCCACCAGUCUCACCAUGCAUGUCUCAGUCAAGCAUUUCCAGGGAGCCCGCGAGUUCACUUGAGCCGCUGUCAAGGCUGGAAACGAGGGCUCCCACGAGUGGCACGCGCGAACCAGGACGCGGACCUCUUUCUCGGGCAUCGGAUUUUCACAGACAACUUCGUCACGGCUAA